AGGUAUUUAGGAGGUACUGGAUGCUAUGUUGGCAGCCUGUGUGCUGUGGGAGAGGGGAGUGGGAGACUUGUCUUGUGAUGGAGUCUUGUCUGUUGUUGUCUGAGCUUUGUGAGUUUCGUGAAAUGUUAUUAAAUAGCGUGAUUUAUUAUAGAAAGUCUAUUUAUUCAUGAAAUGUUAUUAAAUAGCGUGAUUUAUUCUAGAAAGUCUAUUUAUUUAUAGUCAUAUUAUCUGACGACGAGGAUUAAACACGAAUGUACGAUGUCGAAACCUCCGUUAUUUAAUCCUGACGAGGAAGACUUUUCCAUCUACGUGGAGAGGCUUGGUCUGUAUUUUGAAAUUAAUGAAACUCCAGAAAAGUUGCGAAAAAGCCAUUUAUAUGUCAAUUUAAGUUCGUCUGUGUAUUCUGAAUUGAAAACUUUAUUAGCACCUACAGAGUUGAGUAAAGCAUCUUAUGAACAAUGUGUCAAGGCUUUAACUACAAAAUUUUCACGAAGAGUAAGGUUAUUCCUGAACGUUACCUGUUCCAUCAACGGAAACAAAAAGUGGGUUGCUUCAGAUUAGAAAAACCUGCAAACAGUUAGAGGACACCAGUUAGCACUUCCUAAGAGUUAUUGUUUUACAAUUUUCGUUAGUGUUUGGUUUUGACAAGACUGUACUUUAAACAUAGAACAAUGAUUUGUAACUACAAACGAAAAUUAGGAGCCAGACAGAAUCGUAAUUAUUCUUCAGAAGACGUUUUGAUAAUAAGGUGGCCAAAAAAUCAUAACGGAAUUUUUUUGUAAACAAACAUAAAAUAUUCAUUUGAUCAGGAAUGAUCUUUAUCUGUUUUUUCUUUAAUAAACUACGACAGAAUGCAUUUACACACUGAUAUGAGCUCAGCAAGCUUUUGUGUGACUGUCUAUCCCUGAAUUAAGAGCCCAGCCAUGUAGAAGGCAUUCGACAUUGUCGUGAGUCCCUGGCAUAGCCACACUCAAACACUGGAUGCAAACUCACUGCAUUAGUGUUCUCCAAGAGUAAGAAUGGUAUCAUCACAGAGAGAAUCUUGCUUUAUCCUAUUCAUGAUAUACGACAUCUGGGGUACACAUAUUAAGCUAUAUCUUAAUUAUCUAUCUGUA